AUGAAGUGCAUUGGCAGGGCGAAAUUGGGGCAAAGGACUCUACCCCCCAUCAUCUUUUCUUGGAAGAGCCCCCACGCCGUCGUCCUGGUGAUCCUCUUCGCCUUGUUCAUGCUGCUGAUCAUUUACAAUUCCAACAGCCGGGGCGAAGGCCUCCGUUACGCCGCUCCCCGGAACAAGACGCCGCUGCCCUCCAGCCUAAAGAAGUGGGGGGUGAAAGGCGAAUACGUGCCUGUCUCUGGAGGGAAGCCCUUAGACCGUCACUGCGAUCAGUGCGUCCUCAUCACCAGUUCCAGUCACCUCCUGGGCAGCAAGCUGGGCAGAGACAUUGACCAGACCGAAUGCACCAUUCGCAUGAACGACGCGCCCACCACGGGCUUCUGGGAGGACGUGGGGAACAAGACCACCUUCCGCGUCAUCGCUCAUUCCAGCGCCUUCCGGGUCCUGAAGAGGCCGCAGGAGUUCAUCAACAAGACCCCCGAGAACGUCUUAAUUUUCUGGGGUCCCCCCGUCAAGAUGCAGAAGAGCAUCGUCAAGCUCAUCGAACGGGUCAGCCUCAGUUUCCCCAACAUGACCGCCUUCGUGGCUUCUCCGAAGCGCAUGCAGCAGUUUGACGACCUGUUCCAAAAAGAGACGGGCAAGGACAGGCAGACGUCACGCUCGUGGCUGAGCACCGGAUGGUUCACCAUGGUUAUCGCCGUCGAAUUGUGCGACAAACUCCACGUUUACGGGAUGGUGCCCCCCAGCUACUGCACCAUGAAGACCCCUCCCCACCGGUUGCCCUACCACUACUACGAACCGAAGGGGCCGGACGAAUGCACCACGUACAUCCGCAACGAACGCAGCCACAAAGGGAACCACCACCGCUUCAUCACCGAGAAACGGGUCUUCGCCAAAUGGGCUAGUCUGUACAACAUCACUUUCUCGCACCCCGAGUGGGAGUAGGGCCACGAGGAGACCACACAAGUGCCAAAG